AAAAGCACAUCCCCAAAAACGCACACACACAAAAAAAGCACAUCUCACCUCGAAGACUUGAGCGACCUCAGUACUCGUUUCUCUCUCACCGAACACACGACAAUAUUGAUGGACGAGGAAAACAAUCUUAUGGAAGAAACAGCUCUCAUCGAAGAUUCUUCUGAUGUUGAAUUUGCCUGUUGUGGAGAUCCAAAAGUUGAGCCUCGUGUUGGAGACGAGUUUCAGGCCAAGAUUCCUCCUAUGUUGUCUGCAUCCGAACGUGCAGUGCUUCUUUCAACUCCUCUAGCUUUGGAUGAUCAUUCCUCAUACUCCUUUCUCAUCGGACAACCUGUUCAAGUAACGUGGAUAGACAAACGUCCAAAAGGACAAGCAAAUGGAGAUGAUGAUGAUGUUGACAUGAACCAAUCUUUGAAAUCUUUAAGAUCAAAAAGAAGUCGCUGCUCUGACAAGAAUCCGAAACCCAAGAAGCGGAGACUGAAUCUUGAGGCUGUUCCGGAGUUACCAUCCAGUUCUUGGGAGGACCAUGAGGUGGCUAGCUUUGUUCUUGGUCUUUACACCUUCGGGAAGAACUUCACUCAGGUGAAGAAGUUCAUGGAGAGCAAAGGCACAGGAGAGAUACUGUUGUUUUACUUUGGCAAGUUCUACAACUCAGUUAAGUACCACACCUGGUCUGAUUCACGCAAGAAGCGUAGUCGAAAAUGCGUAUAUGGAAGAAAGCUCUACUCAGGAUGGAGGCAACAGCAGUUGCUGUCCCGUUUGGUUCCUUCUAUCUCUGAUGAAUCUCAGAAACAGAUGCUUGUGAAUGUCUCCAAGUCAUUUGCUGAAGGGAAGAUCACUCUAAAGAAAUACAUAGACGCUAUGAAGGAUCUUGUGGGUCUCAGGCUUCUGGUAGACGCUGUGGCGGUUGGUAAAGGAAAAGAGGAUCUCACGGUUCGGUCAGCAGUACCAGUUAAGACCAACAAACCAUGGUUCACGGUUUCUCCAAAGUCUUCUUCGUUCCCGGGCUUAGGGGCUUACGCUUCACUCACGUCUGCCGACAUAAUAAACCAGUUAAAAGGCAGUUCCCGUCUAAGCAAAGCUCGGUGCAGCGAUAUCUUCUGGGAAGCUGUGUGGCCGCGUUUGCUAGCCAGAGGAUGGCACUCAGAGCAGCCAAAGGACAGAAGCUAUAUUACAUCUAAGGAUAACAUUGUUUUCAUUGUCCCUGGAGUGAAACGGUUCUCGAGAGGGGAACUUGUCAAAGGCGAUCAUUAUUUUGACUCUGUCAGUGACAUUCUAACAAAGGUUGCUUCUGAGCCUGAGCUUCUUGAGUUUGAAACAGGAGGAGGAGGAGAGAUAGUCAACGAAUCCGUUAACUCUUCUGACCAAUCAGAUGAAGAGCUUCGCCCGUCUGAUAGUCAGAGACACCGUUACCUCAAGUCUCCAAGCUCUAGCCGUGGAAACCUGCAAAUGAGAUUCACUGUUGUUGACACUAGUUUAGCCUCUGGAGGGAAACUGUGUGAUUUACGGAAUCUGAAAGUCUCUGAGACAAAGACUGGUUUAGGAGACAAAGAUUCUUCUUCCCUGCCCAGUCAAAAUGUGGAAAUGCCCUCUCUGGAUGCUCCAAUGCGGUUUGUUAUUGUUGAUACGAGUCUAGACCACCGUAAGAAAUGGUCUGGUUUAAGGAGAUGGAAACGUUUACCAAGUGAUGGCAGAAACAAGGAUGAUUCUAGCGUCAAGGAGGAGGAAGAGAGUUUGGAGAGGGUUAAGGAUCCAUCGAAGAGGCUGAUCAAAAAGCAUAGAGCAGAAGACACUAAUCAUCAUUCAGUAAAAUCUGCUCCAUCGUUGAAACGCAGACGGCUCAGUGCUUGCGUAAAGAGGGAGAAGAGCCUUUCAAAAGAGGAUCCUGAAUCAGACAGCUUAAGUUUAUGUGCGGUCCAACACAAGAACAGCACCAUUGAAGAGAUGAAUGAAGACAAAGAGAGAUAUGAAACCGAGUUAUCGGUUGAUUAUAAGAACUUAAAGUCUGAUCAAUCAGAAAAGACUGGAAAUGGACCGUCUUCUGCGGUUGUUGAUACCCAAGAAAUGUCAGAGACCAAACCAAAUGGGUUAUGUUCGGUCUCUGGUGAAGACAACGACUGUUCUCCAGAGGAGAUAAGAACAAGCCAUGAACUCAUUUCAUCAGAACAUCACUCAAACGGGCUCUGUUCAGCAUCAGGCUCAGACAAAGGACGUGUUUCCAUUGAUACGGAACAAGAGCAAGAAGUUGAGCUACAUCAGAAAGCGACCAUUGACCACCCGGUCAAUACUCAAGAACUUGGUUCAUCAGAACAACAAGAAGCUAAUACAGAUGCUCCUAGAAGACACAGCACAAGAAAGCGACCAUUGACCACCAGGGCUCUGGAAGCUCUUGAAUCUUGUUUACUUACAACCGAGAUAAUGGAAACUACGGUUAAACCAAGAAAACGUGAAAGAUCUUCGAGGAAAAAGCACUCAGCUAAAGUGAGUAACAGAACACAGCUUUUGCCAGACAAUGGGAUUGCAGAUAAGGAGCAAAGAGGAGGAGAAGAUGGAAGCAAAGCAACAGCAAGUAACAACCCUUUGGAUCAAAUAGAGGAUACAAAGCCUAGCUUUAUUCAUAAUGGAGCCACAACUGAGAGUAGUAAGCCUCCUCUGGAUCGAAGACAUGAUUCAAAGCCGGCGCUAACUGAACAUCCUAAACUCCCACCCAUUAUUUUAAAGCUUUCGUUAAAGCGUAGCAGAGCUUCAGAGACUUAGAGUCUGAAGAGUUUGGGCGUUGGCUGUGACAGCAUUAGCCUUGCUAUAGACUAAUGUGUACAGAAGUAAAAAGAUUUUUAUAAGGGUUUUAUUACAUACUCUUCUUUGUUCUUCAUUUUUUGUUGGGUUAAAUGUGACGAACAGUACACAACAUAUCCAAGUUUU